AUGAGCCUCCAGCGCUCCAAUGUGACCAUAAUCCACCCGGACCUGGGUAUUGGUGGCGCAGAGCGGCUGAUCAUUGACGUCGCUCUAGCCCUACAGAACCGAGGCCACCGCGUAACGAUCUACACUUCCCACCGCGAUAAGACACACUGUUUCGACGAAGCACGCGAUGGCACGCUGGACGUCCGCGUGCGCGGAAACACAAUAUUCCCCGCCCAUGUCUGCGGCCGCCUACACAUCCUUAUGGCAGCACUGCGCCAGCUCCACCUGACAGUUUCAUUGCUUAGCGAGCUCGGUUCAUCGACAGACAAAGCGGACGACCGAGACGAGAUCUUCAUCGUGGACCAGUUAUCGGCCUGCGUGCCAUUCUUAAAAUCCUUCGGCCGCCCGCGCGAAUCCCGACGCCAGCGCAUCUUAUUCUACUGCCAUUUCCCGGACCAAUUGCUUGCGCGCCGAGAUGAGGGCGGCUCCCUUCUUCGUUUGGCAAAAAUGCUUUACCGGUUUCCGUUUGACUGGUUCGAAGGAUGGGCGAUGAGUGCGUCAGAUCGCGUAGUUGCUAAUUCGAAAUUCUCACGUGGGGUCGUGCGUGGUGUCUUCGGCUCGGAUCGAUUGGGUGACGUCGAGGUGGUUUAUCCAUGUGUUGAUAUGGAUGGUGCUGCAUUACCCCCGACAACAAAUGGUGAUCCUUUGUGGGGCGAAAAAAAGAUUCUGCUAAGCAUAAAUCGUUUUGAGCGCAAAAAGGAUAUGGCGCUGGCCAUUCGCGCUUAUCAGGGACUUGGAGCGGACAAGAGGAAGGGCACACGAUUGGUGAUUGCUGGCGGUUACGACAAUCGUGUACCAGAAAAUGUUCAAUAUCACCAGGAGUUGGACAAGCUCGCCAAUGGUCUCGGAUUGAAAACUGCAACCGCCAAGACAGUCGUCUCUGCACUUUCAAUCCCUGAUUCCAUCGACGUUCUUUUCCUUCUAUCGGUGCCUACCGCAUUCAAAGAUACUUUGCUUGCGCAAUCCAAGCUACUUCUCUACACCCCAAUCAAUGAGCAUUUCGGCAUUGUACCAGUUGAGGCGAUGCGAGUUGGUCUACCGGUUUUAGCAUCAAAUACGGGAGGCCCAUUGGAAACAAUUGUCGAAGGCGAAACGGGCUGGCUCCGGGACGCCCAUGCCGACGCUGAGUGGACUGCGGUGAUGGACAAGGUCCUUUACGGACUGAGCGUGAAGGAUGUUGAGCGAAUGGCUGCUGCGGGUAAAGAGAGAGCGCAGCAAGAAUUCUCACUUACUGCAAUGGGGGACAGACUUGAAGAAGAGAUCUCUAUCAUGCUCAAAGCUGAGAGAAGACCGUUCAAUGGUUGGCAACAAGUGUUUGCUAUGUUAGCCCUGGUUGGAGCUCUUCUUGUAGCAAUGGCUGCAAUCCUGUUUCGAGCGAUGUAA